AUGGUAGUUACUUUCUGCACGCCUAAUAUCAUGUCCCUACGUCAAGGCCAUGGGAUCUCCAGCUCUGGGGAAGAGAUGCAGGGGUACUAUCAGACUCUUGGUCCUGAAUGGACUGGAGUUGAUACACCUUCGUUUCAAACACCCUUUAUGGAUGUAAAUCAACCAUAUUGUUCCGAGCCUAUAGUACAUCCGAAUAUCCUCACGCCAAUUAGCCUUCCAGACAGUUCAUUCCACCCAAGUCCGAUAGCCAGCCACCGAGCGCAAGAGUAUCACCCUCAGGAAUACCGCUACGUCAACGACCCAAUUGUUCAACCGCAAGGCCUUGGAAUUUGCGCACCCUUUCCAAGUGAAUAUCCUCGAACAACUGCGCCAAGCUCCGCCAACUAUGCAUAUGCUCCUGACCACCUGCACUAUGGCCUGGGCCAAACUCCAGCCGCGUCACCGCGAGCUCCACCUCCAAAACGUAUGAAACGAACACCCUCCAAAACGCCAUCAAGAGAUACCCCAAUCAAUAUUCUCCCAGACCCAGAGGGUAUGGAGCGCAUGGAGCGUGAUCGCGAGCGUAGGAGCAAUCGGCCGUCUCCGCCGAUCAUGCCACCCAAACCUCGUGCACCAGGUCGCGGUCGUCGUGACCCGCAAGCAGAGGCAGAAGAUCUUUUUGUGGAAAGCUUGCGCGAGCAGGGCUAUGCGUGGAAAGUCAUUCGUGACAUGUUUUGUGAGCACUUCGAAAAAGAUGCCACCGAGGCCCGACUUCAGAUGCGACUCGGACGUCGGAAAAAGGAACGGACAUCGCGCUGGGAAGAUGCCGAAAUACAACUUCUGACCAGCGCUCAUGAAUCAUGGGAACAGGAGAAGUAUAGAUUUAUUGCAAAUAAGAUGAAAGAACUGGGCUCUACGAAGGGCUAUACACCCGAGGAAUGUAAAUUACAACUAUUCCUUUUAAAUACGAAACAAGAUCUAGCAGAGGAGCAAGGGUCACCUUCCACGACAUCUGAACCCCCAAGUUCACCCCCCCGCGGCGUCUACUUCUCGAAAACGUCGGCGCAAUUCACCGAA